AUGCAGCCAUUGCCGAAGAAUUGCUAUGACGGUGAUCGUGAGAAGCCUGGUAUCAAGACUGGUGCAGUUGAGGCUUUGAGGCGACGAGUCGAGACCCUAGAGGAUGCUGUUUUCCAACAGGGUAAAGCGGGAACCAAUGAGCCUUGCCAAAGUACAAAUGACCCCAGUUCAUUGGCCUCUGCGCUGUGUGAAGGGCUAGAAUUACUUCUUGGAAAAUUACAGUCCAACUCUCCACAGAAAAGACGGUGGUCAGAAGUAGUUGACGAACCCCUCGAGGAGGUAAAUUUCGAGGAUGACCCAUUACCGCAGCCCUUGCCUUUGUCUACAUCAUCGAACAAACGCAGGCGAGGAAAUGAACGACGAAUCAUUGAACCAGAUGAUCUUCCAGGCCUUUCGUCCACACUACCGCCGCCAAAGGUCCUGGAGGCUGUCGUUAAUCUCUUCUUUGAUCUAGUGCAGCCAUGGGUUCCAAUCUUCCACGAGAAGAGAUUCCGUCAGCGAAUGGAGAAUCCAGAUGAUAACCCUGCUUUGGAGGUCGUUCUUCACGCAAUGGUUGUUGCAUUGCUCAGGCAUGUCUACCCGCGAGAGCUCAUAGUGGAUCUAGGUGACAUAGAGAGUAUCUGUGAGCGAUCUCGGAAGAUUGUUGUCUUGACCGCUAUGGAUGAUUUACAUGUUGAGAAUUUACAGGCACUCAUUAUCAUUUGCUUUGAAGAUAUCGGGUCCGGUAGACUUUCACGUGCGUGGCCCAUUGUUGGUUCACUAACCAGAACGGUGGAAUAUCUGCAAUUGAGUGUCGAAUCAGAAAACCAUGAUAAAGAUCCGGUCCUGCAGCCUCGGCCGUCUCUUCCCCAAGCCAAAGACUGGGUCGAGGAGGAAGAGAGGCGACGCGUGUUUUGGACCAUUUUUAAUUUGGACAGAUGGAACACUAGCUUAACAUCGAACGAUGUUCACCGGCGCCUCCCCGCCGAUGGAGGUUUAUGGCAUAACGAAGAAGCGGUCACCACACCAUUCUUUGGAAUCUGGGAUCGCUCGGCAGGAAAGAUCGGAAGGCUCAUCGCCUUUCUCCCCACGGACUACAAUGCUAGCGAACCUUCGAACAACGGAUUCUCUUCAACACAGGGAAACAAUUGUAUUCCGACGACAUCUGAUGAAAAGGUUGACAUGUCAACAGUCGGCGCAUUUGGUUACCGUAUUGAAGCCACCGAAUCGCUGAGUAGAGUAACAACCUUUUUCCUACAGCAAAAGAUCAAUUAUCGCGACCGACAAGAAAUGGGUAGCUGGCUCAUGCGGUUCAAGGAAUUGGAUUUACGCCUGGUCAGGACCAACAACAGUUGGAAAAUGUUUUUGCCCCAAAAGUGGAAAGAGGCAAAUAUAUCUCGCCAGCCGGCUGUGGUGACGAUGGAUCCGAACCUGACUUUGGCACAUAUCACCCACAACACAUCUAUGAUUCUCCUUCAUCAACGAAUUGCCUAUCCUCCCUUGGAAUGGCUGGAAGUGGUGAAACUCCCAAUCUUGUCCAGCGCAGAAACAUGCGAAACGGCUGCCAGCGAAACAGCCAAUAUCACCCAGAAAUUCCUGGACAACUCGCCCACGCAGAGUAUUGUAGAUAAUCAGUUCGCCUUUUGCGUUUUUGUCAGCGCAAGAGUUCUUCUAGUACACUGGCGUUACUACAAAACACAAGAGCUUCCUUCCGAUUAUCAUACGCUCAUGAAAUUCCUCGACAUCAUGUCAACUCGAUGGUCAAGUCAGAAUCGGGCGUCAACCACCAGCCGCAAAAACUCGGCAGCCAAAUAUUUCAGUCAACUGAAUGACAUAUACGACAAAUGUCAGAACGAUACAACAUUCAAAGUCGACGUCUUGGGGUACUCGAAUGAGAUUGAAUGGACUGGCCGUCCUCUGAGUCAGAAGAGGGAUAUAAACGCAGCAUCUGCGUCUCAAGUUAAGGGCUCUAUUAGUGCAUCCCAUGAUCCGGCGAUACGUUUGUCCUCUCGUGGGCCAGACAUUCAGGCUUCUGCACAACAUUCCGCAAACAUGACCCCUUACAGUGGUGACACUUCAACUGUUGGCUUUCCUCACCACCCUCAACCCAUAGGCAGCCGGAGACCAGAUAUACUGAAUCCAGUAGACGUCGAUUUGGAGAUUAGGCAGCAUCAUCAAAUGGCACUAAACUCUGUUCCUGGCCACUUGGGCUACAACACAGGGAGUCCAGACGAAUUGACCGCGGUCACGUCAAUUUUGCUGGAUCAGCAGUACUCAGAGAUGGACCGGAUUAUCAGUCUAAACAACGCAUAUUUUGCGUCUGAUGUAGCUUAUAUUCAGUAA